GGAAAUGGAAAAGGGAAACGGCAGAGAACAUUCCCCGCCAAAAAUGGCGGCAGAGAGCGACGACAUUGAAAUCCAAGUCCGAACCCUAACCGCCGAAUCCAUCACUAUCCCAAUCCCUGCUUCCGCAACCGUACAACGCCUCAAGCUUCUCCUCAACCAUUCAUUCCCACCCGCCACCAACUCCUCCCAUUUCCACCUUUUCUUCAAGGGUGAGAAAUUGAGACCGCAGGCUCAGAUUGGAUCUUACACAAUCCACAAUGGGGAGUUUCUUGUACUCGUUCCAUUUGCUAAGAAGGAUUCCAAAGCUCACAAAUCGGACUCACUUAAUGCUCCUUCAACUCCCUCUAAUGCUGCUUGUGGUGGUGAUUCAGCUACCGAUCUCGCGGAUUCAAUGUGGUCUAAUAUAAAGGAGGAUCUAUUGCAUUUGCGCGAGGCCACUGAAAGUGAUACUUUGGAUCAUGAUAAUAGCUCUGGUUUCGAGUUCAGGACGGUUGCUUCGGAGCCAAGAAAAGAGAAAGUGGAUUAUGAGGUCAGUUGGAAUCAGGCUUCGAGGGCAAAUGACAGAGAUGCUGAUAACCGGAUUGAGCUUCCAUAUCAUCUCAUAUUGAACACACUUGAGUGUACCAGUGAGGGUGCCCUCGGCAAGCAUAAUUGCGAGGUCUUUUUGAAGGUUUUGGACUCCGUGAAUUGUUUGUCAGACCUGCCUCUGGGACACUGCAAGUUGUUCAGAAGAGCUCGUUCACUGGGAGGUGAUGGUGGAUUGCAGCUAGGUGCCAAUGGUAGUAGUAGUUCAUGCUUGUGUCCUGCAUGGUUGAAGAUUGUAAUGAAAGCAUUUGCUUUCAUAAACAUCUUGUCCGGGUUUCUUCAUUUGCAGGGUAGGAAAGUGACCUUGCGUCUGCUGGAAGAAGCGUUGAAUGAGCUUGGAAUGUUCGGAGUCAAAAUUGGCCUCCAGGACGUGAAGCAUCUUCCGCUUCUCUCACCUCAACUAGUGUGCUUUGAAAGUGACAUAGAAAAGGCAAGUUUUGGCAAUGUCAUUUUUGUCAUUAACCAUUCAUCAAGUGAUGAAGAACAAAUUGAAAUCAAUCCUAAAACAGCUCUAUCAAAGAUUGUUCGGACAUUGAAGAGUAGGGAUAGUUCUUUCCGAAAUAAUCUGUGGAAGGCUUUUGAGCAGCUUCCGUUUAUUUCAGGAGAUCAGCUGACUAUGGGAGUUUCCUUGGAAAAAUUGCUUGCAAUAUGCAAAGACCAUUAUUUUGUUGUAAAUGAAAACAAAUCAAAACGUUUAAAGAGAAGCUUGAAUACCACAAAACCUGAUUCAAAUCACAUUCGGUGUCAUGACACAAAGGCACUGCUAGCUGUGGACAUGGUUGAACACCUUGAGAAAGGAAUUGGAUCUGAAGGACAGAUUGUGCAUAUUGAAGACAUAGGCCCUAGAAAUGCCAUUCAUGCAGAGAUCCCAACUGAACUAUCGGAAAAGAUGAGAUCAGCACUGAAGUGUAUAGGAGUUUCAAAAUUGUAUAGUCACCAGGCAGAGUCUAUACAAGCCUCCCUCCAUGGGAAGAAUGUUGUUGUGGCUACAAUGACAUCUAGUGGCAAAUCUCUUUGCUAUAACCUGCCAGUUCUAGAAGUUUUACUGAAUAAUCUGUCAUCAUGUGCUCUUUACAUAUUUCCUACAAAGGCAUUAGCUCAAGAUCAACUAAGAUCUUUGUUAAACAUGACAAAAGGAUUUGAUGUUGAGUUAAAUAUUGGUAUAUAUGAUGGUGACACUUCCCACAGUGACAGGACUUGGCUACGAGACAAUUCUAGAUUGUUGAUAACAAAUCCAGAUAUGUUACACAUAUCGAUCUUGCCCCACCAUCGUCGAUUUAGUCGGAUUUUAUCAAAUCUAAGGUUUGUGAUAAUUGAUGAAACUCAUACUUACAAGGGAGCAUUUGGAUGUCAUACUUCCCUUAUAUUAAGGAGGCUCAGGCGACUGUGCUCGCAUGUAUAUGGAUCUGAUCCUUCCUUUGUUUUUUCUACUGCAACUUCUGCUAAUCCAAGUGAGCAUUCUAUGGAACUUGCAAAUUUACCAGCACUUGAGCUAUUUCAGAAUGAUGGAAGUCCAUCUGCAAGGAAACUUUUCAUCCUUUGGAAUCCUAGUCUGCAUCCGAAAGCUAUGGUGAAGAAAGCCAAGUCUGUUAUCGAUGCUGAUAAUUUGGAAGACGAAAGUGACAAUUUUGUUCGUUCAAGCCCAAUUGUGGAUGUUUCGCGCCUUUUUGCAGAAAUGGUUCAGCAUGGUCUUCGCACCAUCGCAUUUUGUAAAUCAAGGAAACUUUGUGAGCUUGUUUUAUCAUAUACACGUGAAAUUCUUCUCGAAGCAGCCCCGCAUCUGGUUCAUUCCAUCUGUGCAUAUCGUGGUGGCUACAUCGCAGAGGAAAGAAGAAAAAUAGAGACUGCAUUUUUUGGUGGUAAAAUUUGUGGUGUUGCUGCAACUAAUGCUCUUGAAUUGGGCAUUGAUGUUGGAGAAAUUGAUGUGACUCUGCAUCUAGGAUUUCCAGGUAGUAUUGCAAGCUUGUGGCAACAAGCCGGUAGGGGUGGGAGGAGAGAUAGGCCUUCUCUUGCUGUCUAUGUUGCCUUUGGUGGGCCUCUUGAUCAGUACUUCAUGAAACACCCUAAGAAACUUUUUGAAAGGCCAAUUGAAUGCUGUCACAUUGAUUCCCAAAACAAGCAGGUUCUUGAACAGCAUUUGGCCUGUGCAGCUCAUGAACACCCUCUGGCUGUGCAGUAUGAUGAGAAGUAUUUUGGUUCUUGCUUAGAGAAUGUUUUAAAUUCUCUAAAAGCUAGAGGAUAUUUGAGUCCUAAUCAGUCAUCUGAUUCUUCUUCUAGAAUUUGGAACUACAUUGGUAAUGAGAAAUAUCCUUCUCAUGCGGUCAAUAUCCGAGCAAUAGAAACCGUAAGAUACAGUGUCAUAGAUCAGAGAAAAAAUGAAGUCCUUGAAGAGAUAGAGGAAAGCAGGGCUUUCUUUCAGGUAUAUGAAGGUGCUGUGUACAUGUGUCAAGGGAAAACCUAUUUGGUCGAGAAAUUAGAUCUGUCUAGCAAGACCGCUUUCUGCAAAGUGGCUGAUCUGAAGUAUUAUACAAAAACUCGAGAUUACACCGAUAUUCAUGUCACUGGGGGUAAUAUUGCUUAUCCUACAGGAGUUUUGAACAUGUUUCCUAAAACAAAUGCGCGGGCUCAUAUAUGCAAAGUAACAACUACAUGGUUUGGUUUUUAUCGUAUUUGGAGAGGGAGCAAUCAAAUCUUUGAUGCUGUUGACCUAGCCCUUCCUCAAUAUUCAUACGAGUCACAGGCAGUUUGGAUUCCAGUGCCACAAUCUAUCAAAGAAGUAGUACUCAAGAAAAAUUAUGAUUUUCGUGGAGGUUUGCAUGCUGCUUCGCAUGCGGUUUUAAAUGUAGUGCCUUUACACAUAACAUGCAACUUAUCUGACUUGGCUGCCGAGUGCCCGAAUCCUCAUGAUAACCGCUAUUACCCAGAUCGAAUUCUCAUUUAUGAUCAACAUCCUGGAGGGUGUGGGAUUUCAGUUCAGGUUCAACCGCGUUUCACCAAGUUCCUGGAAGCUGCAAUUGAUCUUCUCACUUGUUGCCGCUGCUCAGCAGAAGUUGGUUGUCCUAAUUGUGUUCAGCUUUUGCAUUAUGUAGAGUUUUGCUUGCAAUGAGUAUAACGAGGUCCUACACAAGGAUGCGGCCAUUAUGAUUAUCAAGGGUGUUCUGGAAGCAGAAAAUGUGAUCAAUGCUGAGGAGUCACCUUUUUUAUGAAUUGGUUAAUAGUCCUUGUUACCUUUUUUUUCCCCCUUGCUAAGAAAGGGAGGUGGAUUCAGCUGUAAAAGUUUACUUAUUUAAAAUAAAUUCUUUAUAGUCUUA